AAAUAUAGUAAACCGUGAUCUUGUCUGCAAAUCAUUGUAGCGUAAAGUUUAAGCAGCGAUAACUAAAUAAGCACUGACGUCCCGCACAUCUAGCCUGCACGGGCUAGGCUGCGGAAUAGCAGGCGGCGAAGAUGAGGGCAUCGCGCAAUUUGCUGCCCAUAACUGCGGCAGCAGCGGCUUCAGCCGUCGUGGGCUUAGUGUUGGGAAGGAAGACAUCAGGUGUCAACGUUCGUCGCUACCUCAACGGAAACCAUACAUGGCUGUCGCGACAGGAGCGUCAGCUGGUCACCGCCCUCAUCCAGGCGGGCCAGGGGCACCUCUUCCGCAGCUGGCCGCCUCCGGGUGUUCGUGACGCGGAGAAGCGGCGGCUGCUGGCGGCUGCUGCGGCGGCGCUGGGGCAGGCGGCGAGCGCAGUGGAGGCGGAGCGACUGGCCGUGCUGUCCCCCCCAGUGGCCGCCCCCCGGCCCAAGCUGCUGGAGGCGCACGGGGACACGCGCGAGGACACGUACUACUGGCUGCGUGACGACUCCCGCUCCGCCCCCGCCGUGCUGUCCCACCUGGCUGCUGAGAACGAGUACACCCGGGCGGUGCUCGCGGACACGGAGGCGCUGCAGGGGGCGCUGUACGAGGAGAUGCGGGGGCGGAUUCAGGAGGAUGACACGCAGGUGCCGGCAAGGAUCCACGGCUACUUCUACUACACGCGCCAGGCGGCCGGGCAGCAGUACGGCAUCCACUGCAGGAGGAGAGUGCCUGCGGGCAUGCGGGAGGCGGGGCCGGGGGAGGCGGAUGAGCUGGAUGAGAGUGAGCCGGAGGAGAUCCUGCUCGACGAGAACGCGCGCAAGUCCUCAUUGGCCGCCGACUACUACUCUGUUGGCAACUGCGACACCUCGCCCGACCAGCGACUGUAUGCGUGGAGCGAGGACACGGUGGGGGGCGAGAAGUACACAAUACACGUCAAGGACCUGUCCACCGGCGCCUCCGUGUCCCGCCCCAUCCCCGGCACCAGCGGCGACUUCGAGUGGGCUGCGGACAACGCCACCCUCUUCUACGUGGUGAAGGAUCACCUGGACCGCCCGUACAAGGUCCUCCGCCACCGGCUGGGCUGCCCCUCCCCCGAUGUGGUGGUGUUCGAGGAGAGCGACGAGGCCUUCUACGUGGGGCUGAGCAAGGGGAGGUCGGAGCGCCUGAUCUACAUUCACUCGGGCUCCGCGGUCACCAGCGAGACGCGCUACCUGCCCGCCGACCAGCCGGAGGGGGAGUGGCGGGUGGUGCUACCGAGGGUGCAGGACACGGAGUACAGUGUGUCGGACCGCGGUCCCUGGCUCUAUCUCACCCUCCGCGACUCGCAGCGACCCAACAGCGAGCUGCUGGUGGCGCCCAUUGAGCACCCCGAGCAGGCGGAGGUCCUCAUCCCCCACCGUCGCGACGUGAAGCUCUGCGGCGCCGCAGUGGGUCGGGACUUCAUGGUGGUUUCGGAGCGCAGCGGCGGGCUGGAGCGAGCGAGGGUGUACCGCCUGCCUGGCGGGGUGGAGGAGCGACCCGUGGGUCAGCUGGGCGCCGGCGAGGAGAUCACGUUUGACGAGCCGGCGUACAGCCUCUCGGCGUACCUGACGGGUGACUUCGACUCGCCGCUCCUGCGCAUGUCGUACACCAGCCUCACCACCCCCUCCACCGUCAUCGACCUGCACAUGGGCACGGGCAAGCGCUGUGUCAAGAAGGUGGCCCCGGUGUUGGGCGGAUUCGACCGCAGCCGAUAUGUCACGGAGCGGCGCUGGGCCACCGCGGCGGAUGGGGUCAAGGUCCCCAUCAGCCUGGUCUACCGCAAGGGCCUGGCCAAGCUGGAUGGAAGCGACCCCCUGCUGCUGGACGGUUACGGUUCCUACGAGAUCCCCAACGACCCCUACUUCUCCAGCUCCCGCCUGUCGCUGCUGGACCGGGGUUUCAUCUUCGCCAUUGCACACGUGCGGGGAGGCGGCGAGAUGGGCCGCUAUUGGUACGAGGACGGCAAGCUGCUGCGCAAGGCCAACACCUUCACCGACUUCAUCGCCGCAGCGGGGCACCUGGUUGGGGAGGCGCGGCUGGUGACCCCACAGAGGCUGGUGAUCCAGGGGCGGUCUGCGGGGGGGCUGCUGAUGGGGGCGGUGGUCAACAUGCGGCCCGACCUCUUCCAUGCAGCGAUCAUUGGUGUGGGUUUCGUGGACUCGCUGACCACCAUGAUGGACGACACCAUCCCGCUCACCAUCAUCGAGCGGGAGGAGUGGGGCGACCCCUGCAGCGACCCCGCCGUGUACACCUACAUGAAGAGCUACUCUCCGGUGGACAACGUACGGCCGCAGAAGUACCCGCACGUGCUGGCAACCGCCGGGCUGCAUGACCCACGGGUUGGCUACUGGGAGGCGGCCAAGCUGAUUGCCCGACUGCGUGAGGCCGCUACCAACAACAAAGAGGACAAGACCGGGGGAAGCAGCAGCAGCAAGGACAACAGCAGCAAGGACAACAGCAGCCCCGUGUGCCCCCACCUGCUGCUGCUCAAGACGGACAUGGGUGCGGGGCACUUUAGUGUGACCGGCAGGUUCGAGAGGCUCAAGGAGGUCUCCCUGGAGUAUGCGUUCCUGCUGAAGGCGCUGGGCAUGAC